UGUUGUGUAGUUUUGGGUUUUGGGUGGUUGUUGGUUGUAGAAAAAUCUUUUUCAUCUCAAACUUCAGUUCAGUUAUCUAAAGUUGUUAGUUUGAGAAAGGUAGUACAAUUGGCUUAAAGGUCUCGUUACCAGGACAUUCAAAUCUUCCAAAAAAGAUAGUAAAGUGCUCAAUCGAUCGGUUUUAAAUAUUACUGGGGUCCUGGGCUGCGGUCUUAGUAUUGGUGAAAAUUAACUGCUAGAAAUCGAAGCUUAUCGACCAUCGGACGAUGAAAUAAAAACUGAUUACAGGUAAAAAUGAUUGACUUAAAAGGCCUUAAUCUGCCUGAAAGGCAAAAAGAAUUGAACAAAAGGGUCCAAGAUGCCACAAAAAAGAAAAUACCUUUUGAAUCUGUUCGGGAUAAACAUGAAGCCACUGACGUUGACAAGCUGUUUAAAAUAGAUUUGGCAUCCAAUUAUAAAAAUAUUGAUUACAUUCUUGAUACAUUUAAAUGUGGUGACAGCCUCUAUAUUUCACGAGCGUUGAAAUGUUCUUGGAUAUUUGAAGAUGAAUAUUCAAAUAUUAUUAAUCCUGAUUACCUUCAUCAGAACAUUUUUCCAUUUAUGUCAAUUAAGAUGAAGAAGAAACUUCUUGUAACAAUAUAUACUCAUCUUAAAACUGAAGAGAGAAUCAUCGUGUUUUACAACUACUGUGUUGAAAAGAAACUGACUACUAUUGCUCACAAAUUUCUCAUUAUUUCCCCUGAAAAUUUUAAACUGGAAAUUAUCAACAAAGGUCUAGAUUUAAAGGAUGUUUGGGAGGAAUCAGUUUUUUUAAAGAACUUCUUUGGUGAUUCUAUCACUCUUCUAGAGGCAUAUUCAAAAACCAAAGCUGGAGGAUUUAUUGUGCAAAAAUACCUGCUUGAUUUUCGCCAUUUCUAUUCCGUAUCAGAUGACAGAUAUUUAGAUCUGAUAGAAAAGUUUGUGCGCAUUGAAUUCAGAAUGAAGUCAGAUGAAUUAGGAUUGAGAAUGUCAAAAGAUAUUAUGAAAAAACACAAAGAUAGGGUUUUGAAGAAGCCAUUGUUGUACUUAUCGAUUUUGAAUAAAACUCAAGUGGUUAAAUAUAGCCAGGUUGAAGAUGCCAAAUCUUUUGCUGUAGCCUUGCUGCCUGCAUCUGCUUCUAACUUUUGGUUAGAGAAUUAUAGAAGAACAAAUAAAUAUAUCCUUGAUGUAAUACCAAAGCAAGAUCUAUUUCCUUUCCUGAAAAAAAUAUUUACUGAUGCUUAUCCUAAUGAGGAUUUCGAGACAUCCAUGCAUUUCUAUAAUUAUCGUUUCUAUGACAUGUUUACCAAUGAAGAGAAAGAAAAAUGGGCUUUAAGCCAAAUUGAGAGUCAAAAAGAAGUCUUGGGACCCGGUAAAGAUUUCAAAUGGUACCAGUUCGUCAAUUUUGAUAUAGCAUUGGAGGGUAUUAAGAAAUACAUAAUGAUAACCAUAGAUAAAGAGAAACGAGGUGAAAUGAUAAACAUCUUAGUAGAAUCUGCUAAAACUCAGCAAGAUUUGGAGAAGUUGUUUAAAUAUUAUUAUGAAAGACAUGUCAAUGAAAGUUCAUCAAAUAAAGAACAUUUUAUGAAAACAGUAAUUCUUAACCACAAUGUUUUCGAGUUUGAUGAUGAAUGUUGGAAUGAAUUCAAUAAAAUUCUAUACAGUAUGCACAUAUACAGUAACUCCGGUUUCUUCUACAUGACCGAUUUCAGGUUGCUUGUAGUUAUUUACAAUAUACUGCAUGGCAAAGAGAUACCUGAACAAUUCAGAGAUAUUUUAUAUUCCGACUUCAGUUAUCUUUAUAUAGAUAAACUAACAAAGGAGAAACGCGAAAUAUUGUACAAUUAUCUAAUGAAUUUGUACACUGUGAAAAUAAAGGAGUUUGAUGGAAAAAGUUAUGAAGGCCAAGAAAGGAUUAGCAUUCGACGGUAUAUAUCGUUGGUUCUACGAGUCAUGGAGAUAUUUGAGAAAGUUAAAGAGGAUUGUCCCGAUGAUAUAAUGAAAUACAUCAAGUUAGACUGGGAAAACUUUAAAAACCAUCACAUAUUAAAAGAGAAAGUAAUUGUUAAUAUUUUGGAAGAGGGUGAUUUGAUACGUCUGUUAAAGAAAGACGCAACGCAACUUAAGAAUAAGUUUCCAAAUAUAAAAGAAACUCUUGCAAAUACAUAUUCAUUUAGAAUUAAUCAAUUUUUGAGAAAAUUGAAAAUUUAUUUUGCUAAAGAUGUCGCCAAGGAAUAUCUCAAGUUCUUCUUUGAUAUAAUAUCAAAUCCCAGAAGUAACUACAUGUUUAUUUAUACAUCAGUUUAUGGCGUCUUUCAAUUAGCUGACGAAGAAUCUAAAGUAGAUUUCAUGUUCAAAUAUAAACCUAGAGAACCGAAAAUUGCUCACGAAAAAAUUAACCCACAAUUACUUGAUAUACAAGGGGCAAUCUGUCGCUAUGCAUGCUAUUCGCGUCCGCCCGUGCCGCUGUCCAAUGUCCUAAUGUACUUAAUAGGUGACUAUGUUCAUUUCAGUUACCCAAUGUUUAAUUACUAUUUCGUCAAUUUGCCGAAACCGCUUGCAACUAAAUUCAUAGAGGCGACGUUGAACGCCCCGUUGUCUAUUCAGAAACACGGAUUGCGUCUCGCUUUUAAAUCUUACAACGCAGAAGACUUAAAAGUGCUCGUUCUAACAGUUUGGAAGAAUACAAAAAAUAUAUCUUUGAGGUUGUUACUUUACAAGAAUCUAUUUGAGAAAAUAUUGACGGAAGACGAAGCUUCACAGAACGAGCUGUACGAGGCAUUGAAAGUGUUUACAUCUGAAAUACACGAAGAUGACGACAAAGUAAUUUACAGUCUGUUAAUUUCUUCCAAGUUACCGCAACGUUUUAUCGGAGAUCUAUUAAAGACCGCGUGGGAAUCAGUGAGUCAAUUUAAAGAAAAGAGUGCCAAUAUUGAUAGCCAAUAUCAAAUCCUGCGAGCCAUAAAAUCAAAUAUAACUUUAAUGGAUAGAAAUUUCGUAAUGGUAUCCAUUAUUGCGCCACACGUAAAUGAAAUGUUAACAGAGAAAAAAAUUAAACCGUGUUAUAAGAGUCGUGAGUUGAGCGACAGGGUUAAAACUAAAUGGGCAUUGGUAGCUAAAUAUAUCGUUUCCGUGAAAAACGAGGAGGAGGUGAAAGAUAGUAUUGCCCUAGUUACAUCUAUUAUAAAGGCGUGUGGUGAGAUGUGGGCAAUGGUGCAUGAUAAUACGUACACCAUGAGACUUUUCUGCACGAACUUCAUAUCAAGUUUGCAUAUGAAUAGUAACAAUAACUUUGAAAAUUUCAAAUAUGUUAAAACCAUAUUCGAAAAAGUACUACAGACAGUUGAAGAGGUGUUGCCAUUAGACGAGAUGUAUUUGACAGUAUGGGAACUGCGGGUGGUGAUUAUUACCAAAAAGCUCUGUUCAAAUCUGGAGUUCACCAAGAAGGAUCAAUCGGAGAAAAUUGAACGCGGUAAAUUGUACGAUGAAUUCGCGGAUGAGAUCGGAAACCUUGCAGUUGAUUUGAUUAAUAAAGGGCAAUUUUAUAGGAGCUUCCUUCCACAGAUAAACGAACGACUCAUAAAUCAGAUCAAAGUGCUUGCGCGUGCAACUGACGAAGACCUGGAAGUGGUUAUUAUUGCGAUAUGUAAUCGUUUAACACGAUUCAAGUUCUUUGAAAUAUAUCUCUUAGCACUGAUGUUGCUUCCUACUAACAAUGAGCCAGCUAACUAUGAUACAUUUGUGGAUACUUUAGAGAAGAUCAAAGAAAUGGACAACCCGGAAAUACUAAGUUUCUUGCUGCAAAAAUAUAUCUGCGGGGACUAUAAGAGGAGGCGAUAUGUCUAGAAGAAGAAAGACGAAAUUAUUGGCCUAAAAUUACAUCCCGGCUCUUAGUAAUGUAACAUUAUAAAAAUUUUAUUAUUGUGUAAUUGCCAAUAUCCCUGGAGUUUGCCAUUUUCCCUGUUAGCUUUAAAUGUAUGUAGACGUUUUACCAACAAUAUCUCUAAAUGUGCGUAGAUGUUUCAAAAACAUUAUCUCUAAAUGUACGUAGAUGUUUCAAAAACAUUAUAUCUAAAUGUGCGUAGAUGUUUCAAAAACAUUAUCUCUAAAUGUACGUAGAUGUUUCAAUAACAUUAUCUCUAAAUGUGCGUAGAUGUUUCAAAAACAUUAUCUUAAAUGUGCGUAGAUGUUUCAAAAUCAUUAUCUCUAAAUGUACGUAGAUAUUUCUA